UUUAAUUCAAAAAAUCACGUGACUACUGUUAAUAGAUCCUUUGGUAGAAAAAUUUACGAUUCUCACUUUAUUAUCAGAUUUAAAAAAAAAAAAAACAGACUAACAAAAGGUUUAGAGCAGGAUUCUACAGGUCUGAAAUCUGAGCCCAGUUCAUUACACAAGUGAAGUCACGCAAAUCAUAACGAAUAAGUUGUAAAAAAGAAUUAAAUAAAUCUAAAUUUAAUAACGUAAUAAAGGAUUUUAAAGCCAACUGUCUUACUAACGUUUGUUUGACAGUUUUUAUAUGCAGGCAUGGUGGAUCCUUUAGAGUUUGGCUGACUUUUUUCACUUCAAAAUCGUAACAUUUUCCCUCGUACUCAUGAAUUUAAAGUUGUCCUAUUGAAACGACCCCUCCGUCGACCCACUGCUGUUGCCAUGGCAACACGUCUUGGAGUCGGACCAGUCGAAGCAGUCGUCCAUAGUACGAAAGAACCCUAACGAUAACAGAUUGUUGACAUAAGAGAAUAUCGCAAAUAGAGAAAAUGAAGAUAAAAGAAGAGUUAGAAACUAAUUAUUCGGAUUUUACAAUCGAACGAAUCGAAGAAAACUUCGAAGUUGAUUUAAAGAAUUUCGAGAAAGAAUUUAACACAGAUGUGAAGUUUUAUGAAACAAUUAAGUCAGAACCAUUAGAGAUAAAUAUUGAAGGAGAACCAAUUUACACAAACAACACAAACGGAUUCACUAUUUGGACUCAUUCUGAUUAUAAAGUCGAAAGAGAUAUCAAGAAAGAAGUAACAGAGAAUUGUGAUGUAAAACACGGUAUAAAAUCAGAAUGUAAAGUUGAUUUGAAAAAAUUAAAGAUUGAAGUAAAGACUGAAGAUUGUAAACAAGUUGUUCAUGUACCAGAUGAUAACGAACAGGUAAUGCCUGUCAACAAUGAAUUUUGCACUCCGGACGAAAACAGUAACAAGAGUGAAAUGAAGAUCCAAAUGGAGGAGGAAGAGCAAAUUCAGGAAUACUUUUUUCAGCACAAUUCACAAACGCAACAACGUUAUAAAUAUAAAAUGAAAACGAAGAAAUACGUUCCUUCCAAUAGAAAAUGCAAAAAACUUCAUAAUAAGAUUAAAAGGAAAUACUUCAGGAUUAUGUUUUCAUCUCAUUCUAAACAAAUAUUUUCGUGUUAUUUUUGUAAACUGCUUUUUGCAAAUAAGACAAUAUUUCAAACACAUCUGUUCUGUCAUAUUGGUAAAAAACCAUUUCGCUGCACAACCUGCAAUAAGAAGUUUUUGUGGCAAUUUCUUUUGCUGAGACACAUGAAAGAACACAAAAGUGUAAAUGAAAACGAAAUCUCUUACAAAAAUUUACGUAUGCACCCAUCUGGGAAUCGAGUGAAUUUAUCUCCAAGAAAUGGUAAAAAAUCUAAUAUCAAACGGAAAAACGUGUUUUGCGACAUUUGCGGUAAGGGCGUUAGUAAGGGCCAUUUAGAAAGACACAAGAGAAUACACAGAACUCAUGCCUGCGAAAUAUGUGGAAAAGAAUUUAAGCUUAACGGUAUUUUGUUAAGUCAUAAACUAGUGCAUAGUGAAGAUCGUCCUUUUAAAUGUCAUAUUUGCAAUAAGAGUUUCAAAUCGAAAAACCACGUGAGAAACCAUCAAAAAACUCAUAGUGAAGACCGCCCCUUCAAAUGCAAUAUUUGCAAUAAGAGUUUUAAAUCGAUAUACCACGCGAAAAGCCAUCAAGAAACUCAUAGUGAAAAACGUCGUUGCAAAUGCGACAUUUGUAAUAAGAGUUUUAAAUCAAUAGGCAUAUUGAAAAGGCAUAAAACAACAACUCAUAGGGAAGAACGUUCUUUCAAAUGCGACAUUUGUAAUAAGGGUUUUAAUCUGAAAUAUCAACUAAAAAUGCAUCACAAAACUCAUAGUGAUGAACGUAACUUUUCUUGUCAGGUAUGUAACAAAAGUUAUAAAACAAAACAGAAUUUGGAACUUCAUAAAUUAGUUCAUGAUAAUCAAUUUUACUAUACUUGUCAGGUAUGUAAUAAAAUUGUUAAGGGCAAUAUAGCAAGACACAAGAGAAUACACAUACAUCAUAUUUGCAAAAUAUGUGGAAAAGAAUUUAAGAGUAACUAUAAAUUGAUGGAUCAUGAAGUAACGCAUAGUGAAGACCGUCCUUUCAAAUGCGAUAUUUGCAAUAAGAGUUUUAAACGAAAAAAGGUUUUAAAAACGCAUCACGAAACUCAUAAUGAUGAACUUAAGUAUAUUUGUCAGGUAUGUAACAAACGUUUUAAAACAAAACAUUAUUUAAGGCAUCAUAAAGUAGUUCAUAAUGAUGAAUUUAACUAUACUUGUCAGGUAUGUAACAAACGUUUUAAACGAAAUGUUGGUUUAAAACGGCAUGUUAAUAUACACAGCGAUGAAUACAAAUAUUUUUGAGAUAUAUGUAUCAAAUAUUUUAAAGCAAAACCUUAUUUCCGACGUCAUAAAGUUAGUCAUAGCGAUAGAAAAUAGUAUGUUUGUGACAUAUGUAAAAAACGUUAUACCAAUCCAACUGCCUUAUUCAGACGUUAUAUUAUACAUGAAAAUAUGUAUUUAUACAAUGUUUGUAGCAUGCCAUUUAUGACUAAAA